UUCUGUGUGUGCUUGUACACGUCAUUUCUGUGUCAUUAUAAGCUCCACUGCUUACAUAUCGAACACAUUCAGUAUUCAGGAGGCACGCGGGGACGGGACAAUAGAGAAACGAGCGGGAUUUAAACUCACAACAGAUUUUCUCGUAUUUCUUAAUUAGCCAUCAUGAGCAGUCGCUAUGUUGGCGGAGAUGAUGACGAUUCCGAAUAUCAUUUAGGGCCAUAUAGAGAAUCCAGUAAAAAGUCGGACUAUGGGGCGAGGUCACAUGCACAACGAGGUAGCGGAACCUGGGUACAGUUGAGUGAUUUCCAUUGCCCGGCAGAAAGAUGCCCCUCCAGAGAACCCUUGACUUGGGUUUGCAAACGAGAUGGCGAUUUCGUUUAUAUCAGCGAAAAAGGGAAGAUAAAAUGCGAGUCAGGAAAACAUGAAGCGGACGUAUGCCAGUGGGGCUGGAACUGCGGUAACGACUUCCACAAGGGCGAGUAUAUACGGGCUGAUUACGAGGGAUUUACUUUCGCCAUGUCACAGGCCGUGCAACUCACAGACAAGAUGGGCACCCAAUGGGUUACCGCCCUCCUGCAGGAGCUUGGAAAGCAAUACAACCAAUGACCAGUCAGCAACCAUGUAUGCAUACAUCCGUGUCCUGUUCUAAGAUGGGAUGACGUUCACGCUCACACGUUCACCAUGAUUAUGUUGUAUUUAGUUAUACAACAGCAACCUGUUGUUGUUUAGCAGUUUGUUAAACAUAUUUCCACUUUUAAAGGAUGUAUAUGUGUUGAAAAUCAAUGUAACCUGAUAAAGUUUUAUAAUUAUUCUGCUGCCAAAUUUUAAACUGUAAAAUUAUUACAUAAAAAGCAAACGUUCGUUAAAUAGAUUAAUCUUCCAGCAAUUACUUAGUAUAUGUUUUAGACUUACUGUCAUCUACUUUAUAUGUCUUAUAUAAUGAUAAAAAACAAUCAGGACUGAUUGGUUGAUCUUAUUUCUGUAUUUUUAUCUCGUCUGUUUCAAUUGCUGUGCAUCUCGUAUAUGAAUAUUUUAUACACAUGAGUAUCACUUUGCAGUAUGUGUAAGAUUUCUGUGAUAAUAGAACGUAUCGUUGACGGCAUGUAUGUCAGCAAAAUAUUUACUUUUAUGAAUAUUGUUCUCAAAGAUUGUGUAGUUUUAUGUUUAUUAUUUAUUUAAUUAAAUAAAAUGUUUAUACCCA